AUGGCCCAGAACAAAUGGGGCGGAGGGGUUACAUGCCCGCGAUGCUUAAUCAACGCAACAUUCGAGCAUGUGCAUAUGCAAUCAAAAGAUGCCUUCCUGAACUUCUUCCUUGUGCAUCUCCAUGAGCAUCUGGAUUUGGUAGAUGGAAAUACUGUUGAGCCUGAUAUUUCUCUUGUGCUAGCCUAUCUCGAUGGGUUCUCCUCUUUUGACGCAGACAAGAAAAGCAAAAUCCGGAGCGCUGUCGAGCUUUUCGCUGACUACAUGGUUGACAAUUUCUUUUCUCCACUCAGGGCUUCAUCGGUGAAGACAUCCCAACCGACACCCCUUUCACUCUCCUCGCUGCAGGCGUCCACGCCAAAGAGUUUAACGCAACGCGUGUCCAUCCUCCGACAGAGUUGUCUUAUCCGCGAUCAUCAUCGUUGUGUCGUGUCCCAUCGGUUUGAUAGGAAAGAAGCCCAGCGACGAAUAAAGCAGGAUGGGAUUGAAAGUGAAGACGACGAUAGAGCUCUCCUCCGAAAUGAACCUGGUGAAUUCGAGUAUCUAGAAGUUGCUCACAUACUUCCUCAAUCAUUGGCCUCAAUGGACUCAGGAAAUACGGAAUUGAGUGACUCGAAAAAGAAUGUGCUUCAAAUCCUGGCUAUGUUAGAACCCGGAAUCGCCCGCCUUUUUGAUGGACAAGAUGUUGACAGUCCUAAAAAUGCCCUCACAUUAACCCAUCACUAUCAUCGACUGCUCGGUGAAUUUCAAAUAUAUUUCGAGCCUAUAGAAGGGGCAAACAACCGGUACACGAUCAGGUCGACAGAAAGGAAUCCUAUUCUUUGUGAACGAUUACUUCCCAUUACUCGUAUGCUCAGCCUUAGCCCCAGUUGUUCUAUUGACCCACAUUCCUCUCGACUACUUAAAGUUCACCGUGCAAUUGCUCUCAUUCUCAAACUCAGCGGUGCAGGCGAGUACAUAGAGAAUAUCCUUCGAUAUAUGGAAGAAGUCGAGGUCAAAGAAGAUGGGUCGACAAAUUUAGGUCGUCUAAUGAGCCUACGAUUGAGUGGUUGGUUAAAAACAUUGACUGUCUUCUAA